UUCAUUGUCAAUCACUCACUUUUUGUAGAGAAUGGAUCGAUCGGGGACAGGUAGUAGACAGAGACGAGCAUCAUCUGUUUCACAGAGGCUUAAGCUUACAGAUCAGAAUGUUGGAGUAUUGGAUUCAAUCAGCAAUGUUAGUCUGAUGGAGGUUGAGACUAGGACCCGUGUACAGACUCCAACUGGAUCUGUUGUUGGGGCUAAGACCCGUUUGAAAGAUGUAAGUAAUGCUUUGACCACAUCAAAAGAGCUUCUCAAGAUAAUAAACCGCAUGUGGGGUCACGAAGAUCGGCCUUCAUCAAGCAUGUCUCUUAUCUCUGCUUUACAUGCGGAGCUUGAAAGGGCUCGCUUACAAGUCAAUCAGCUUAUCCAAGAACAACGCGUGGAUCAGAAUGAAAUUGGCUACUUGAUGAAACGUUUUGCAGAAGAAAAGGCUGCUUGGAAAAAUAAGGAGCAGGAAGUAGUUGAGGCUGCAAUUGAGUCUAUUGCGAGUGAACUUGAUGUGGAGAGGAAGCUGAGGAGACGAUCAGAAAGCUUAAAUAAGAAGCUUGGAAGGGAGCUAUCUGAGGCAAAGGCAUCCCUUUUGAAGGCAGUGAAAGAACUUGAAAGUGAGAAGAGAGUAAGAGUAGUAAUUGAACAAGUAUGUGAUGAAUUAGCCAGAGAUCUUACUGGAGAUAAAGCUCAAGUGGAAGAACUGAAGAGAGAGCCUUCAAAAGUUAACAUAGACGUCGAAAAGGAAAGGGAAAUGAUGCAUUUAACUGAUAUGUUGCAUGAGGAAAGGGUCCCAAUAAAAGCAUCUGAAGCUAAAUACCAGAUUGAGGAGAAAAAUGCAGCUGUUGAUAAGCUGAGGAGUCAACUUGAAGCUUUUCUGGGGACCAAGAAAUCUAAAGAGAAGACUCGUGGUUUGGCAAAUUCAGCACAUGACAAAGAAAUUGCAGCCUAUUUGAGUAGAACCCAUUUUACUUCUCAUCAGAAGGAAGGUGAUGACGAGGAUGGUGAAGUAGAAGAUGGAGUAGAAUGUGAUGAAGACUCAGAUGAGAGCGAUCUUCACUCCAUAGAAUUGAAUAUGGACAACAACAAUAGGAGCUUCAAGUGGGCUCAUGCUCCUGGAGCUGCAUGUGAUGCAUGGAAGACUAUUCCGUAUGAUGAGGACGACAUUAAGGGAAGGAAGUCUACUUCCAGCAAAGCACCAAGAAGAAGUACGGGUCUGCAAAGAAGCAUUUCAGAUGGAGUUGACUGGGGCCUCCAAAGUGAAAAGCUUCAAAAUUCGGUAGAUGAUUUAGAUUGGGAAAGAUUUGCCAAUCUGGAGAAGCACCAAGGAAAACCUUAUGGGGAUGAAAUGCAUGCAUAUAAAUCAGCCAAAGGUACUUCAAAAGACCCUCUUUUACCUUCAUCAAGGGUAGGAUCUGCUAGAGUUUAUGCCAGUCCAACCCGACCCACACGAGACCCCACAAACGCAGCUCUUGAUAGACCUCCUUUACCAGGUAACCUCUUAAAGUCAAGACUAUCGGAUUCCAGGGCGGAAGGCCAAAAUCCAAGAAAACCCAGAUGGUGAGAAAUGCUAAUUUGUAUCAAUCUUGCGGAUCCAUGUGACUUGCAAUGAGAAGAUCGAGUAGCCAAGAGUAGGAACAUGGCUGAGCUGAGGCCUGGUACCGGAAAGUUCAGUUAGUAAGUUGUCUUCCUUAAAUUUAUUCUCGUUAAUGUUUUGUUUGCGACUUCUUAGAGCCGCUCUAAAGUUGCAAUCUUUGCUGCUUCUUAGAUUCGUUAAGGUGUUGUCAGUUAGUUGAAACGUUUGCUUUUAUAGAAACCUGUGCUAAUCAAAGCCAAGUUUUUCUCCUGUACAAAGAACGCUUCUAGUGUUGGAGAUAUAUAUAUGUGGUGGCAGUAUUAGAUAUUUUGCCAGGACAA